UCGUUGUUUACGAAUAGAGAUGCACACCUUCUAGUUUUUCAUUUUUUACACAAUGAUAAAAUUAGAUAUAUCUAUGAUAACAAGUAUUGAAGUAGAAGUUAUAAGUGUUUAUUCAAAUAAGUAACUUCACAAGUAGUGUUUGCAUGACGAUUGGAUUUUUUUUAUUAAACACGUUUUACAAAGGGACACUUCAGACUGAUUAACUAAAUUGAUAGUAUCUCCAACAUGUCAAACUCGGGUGCUUCAGAUGUAUUGUCCCAGGCGUCAGACGACGACGACGAAUGUGUAAUUGACGUCGUGAAUGAUAACACAGCAUCUGAUAACUGUAAACUAAAUCAAAGUGCAACGUUGUCUAAUGAGUCAAGAGAUGAUGGUGACGAUGAUGAAGAUGAUGAUUACGAUGAUGAUGUCUUCUGCCACCAUAAAAAACAACGUCGUAAUAGAACAACAUUUACGUCAGAUCAAUUACGGGAACUAGAGACGGUGUUCAGACAUACUCAUUACCCGGAUUGUACGCUUAGAGAACAGAUUGCUGAAAAGGUUGACCUAACUGAAGCGAGAGUUCAGGUUUGGUUUCAGAACAGGCGUGCCAAAUGGCGAAAGCAAGAAAAGAACAUAGUCAGAAUGUUUGAUGUCUUCAGACACAGACAGGAUCCCAUGACGUCAUUUUCUACAUCGCUCUCACUUCUUCAACCAUCAUUACCCAGCAUACAUCAUCCAUCAGUAUACCAUCCAUGGAUGCCAAGACUUCCGUUUCCAUGGUCUACAACACCUGCUCCUUUCUCGACGUUUCCAAGGAUGUUACCUCGUUCAGCCUCAUUAACUUCAUACACAGAUACAUGUGAGAAAAUUUCGACAGGAAGUGAACAGUCUUCACCUACUACUACCACAGAUAGACUUGGCUUUUACGCACACCAUUUUCUCCAACGACUAAGUGCUAAUCACGCAUGCGCAAAUGCUACUGUUACAAAGGAAAUUCCUAAAGAACUAUCACAUUCAGACAAGACUUAACACAGUGCUUUAAUAAUACUUUCAUAAUGUGUAUUUAAAACAAAAAUAUUGUCUAACAAAUUACAUAAAAUAAAGACAAGCACCAAUUAUUAUCUAUAGUAU